UGGGACAGUUCAAUAAAAGAUGGCUUCAAAUAAUGUCUUUUAAUUAUAUUGUACUUGAAAUAGUGAAAGAAACAACAAACAUGGUGUCAGAAGUAUAAAAUAAUAGAUGUGAAACACGAAAAUGGGUGAAUCAAGUAAAAUUUCAUCAAACCCGGCAAUUCUGCCGGCAUUACAAUACCCCCAAUACUCGCAUGGACAUGCCCAUAUGCGGCCAUUAGAAUAUAGUGCUUCAAUGGAAGAAGAUUGGAAACUAUGGGUCCAAAAAUUUAAGAUAUUUCUUCUUGCAGAGAACCUAGAUACCGUUUCUGAUGAACGUAAAAUUGCACUGUUACUUCACAACAUAGGGGACAAGGGCGUUGAGAUUUAUAAUUCAUUUAAUUUAGAGGAAAAACAAAAUUUUGAUGAUGUCUUAAAAAAAUUCAACGCUUAUUUUAUUCCAAAAGUUAACAUCACAAUGCAACGUCACAAGUUUUUUACAAGGGCGCAAGGACCUACAGAAUCCUUUGACGAUUUCCUUACAGACCUUCACAAUAAGAGUAUGACAUGCAAUUUCAGUGAUAAGAGAGAAGAACUCGUCAGAGAUGUUAUUGUAAUAGGUUUAGCCAAUUCCGCAAUGAAAGAGAGGCUUCUGCGCACGGAGGAUCUUACUCUCCAGAGAACCGUCUCCAUGUGCAGAGCAGCGGAAUUAUCGCAAAAACAGGUCACCGAACUAACAAAUGAGAUAGCUUCAACCUCGGUGCUCAACGUUACCACUGCGCCUGUGCAUAACGUUAACAAUGUCAAUACUUCAAAAACAAGAAGAGUCAACACAAGAAAAUGCUAUCGCUGCGGCAACAACUGGGAUCGUGCGCAUCAAUGCCCAGCUAUAGGUUGCAAGUGCCAGAAGUGUGGUAUUCCAAAUCAUUUUGCGAAAGUGUGCAGAAACAAACAGGUUGCAACCAUAACAGAGAAACAGGACGAAGACGACAGCGAGGAGACUUUCUUCAUUGGCUGUAUCAACAGUGAGUGUGAAUGAAAAUGCAAUUCCCAGAGCCGAUCCACCUCGUCGGGUCCCUAUAGCACUAAGACAAAGCCUUAAGGAAGAGUUGGACAAUAUGGUAAGACAGCAAAUAAUCACUAAAAAUGAGGAUCCGAUGGAGUGGGUCAACUCUACCGUUGUGACUAAAAAGAAGAACAAUAAAAUUCGCAUAUGUAUUGAUCCUCGAUACUUGAAUAAGUUCAUUAUAAGAAAACACAAGCAAUUGCCAACAGUUGAUGACAUACUAGAUAAGUUAUCAGGCUCUAAAUAUUUCUCUAAACUUGAUUGUAGCAGUGGGUUUUGGACAGUACAGCUUGACUCAGAAAGUUCAAAGUUAUGUACAUUCUCUACUCCAUUUGGUAAUUAUUCCUAUAAACGAUUGCCAUUUGGACUUUCCGUGUCAACAGAAGCAUUUCAGGAACGCAUGGAGGAAUCAUUUAGUGAUAUUGAUAAUGUACAAUUUUAUGUUGAUGAUUUAAUAAUUUAUGCUAGCACUGUGGAAGAGCAUAAUAAAGUGUUAUUAAAUGUACUGAUAAGAGCUCAAGAAUGUAAUGUCAAAUUCAAUAGGGAGAAGUCCCAAGUUCUGCGUAAAGAAAUUUCAUUUCUAGGUAUGAUUGUAAGUGACCAAGGGGUUAAACCUGAUCCAAUAAAAGUUUUGGCCAUUUCUGAAUUAAAAUGCAUUCGUGACAAGAAAGAACUUGAACGAUUUUUGGGAAUGACAAAUUACCUGUCAAAAUUUAUCAACAAUUACUCGACUAUUACAAGCCCGUUGCGCGAGCUUCUUAAAAAAGACAUAUUAUUUAAAUGGCAUCCUUGUCAUGAAAAUGCUUUUAAUAAACUUAAGGAGGCAUUAACAAACGCUCCCACACUUAAAUUAUUUAAUAGCAAUAAAGAUAUAGUCGUAUCGGUAGAUUGCAGCUCGGAAGGGGUAGGCGCCUGCCUUUUACAAGACAGACAGCCUGUUGCAUAUGCUUCUAAGGCACUAACUGAAUGUCAAAAAGGUUAUGCCCAGGUUGAACGCGAGAUGUUUGCUAUUGUGUUUGGAUGCAUUAAGUUCCAUAAGUACAUUUUAGGAAAACAUGCCCUGGUUGAAAGUGAUCAUUCGGCAUUAGAAAUCUUAUUUAAAAAACCCUUAUCUUUAGUUCCUGUCAGACUACAAAGAAUGAUGCUUAAGAUACAAGGAUAUGACAUUACUGUUAAGUAUGUGCCUGGAAAACAAAUGUAUAUAUCAGAUUUUCUCAGUCGCUCUUUCAUAGUUGAUAAAAAUGAUGAAACAAAGCAAUUUGAUGAAGAGUUUAGCAAAGAAAUUGUUUGUCAUGUUGAGGUCAUGAUAGAUUCGUUGCCCAUUUCAAAUGAAAAACGACAACUCAUUGCCAUGAAAACUAAUGAGGAUGCCACACUGUCUUGCGUAAAGGGCUAUAUUCAUAAUGGUUGGCCAAAUUCUAAAAACAAACUAAAUGAUUUAGUAAAAUCUUUUUGGAAUUUUCGCAAUGAAUUGUCUCUAGUCGACGAAAUAAUUUUAAGAAAUAAUCUAAUUGUGAUACCAGUAGCAUUACAGAAAAUGAUGUUAAAAAUUAUUCAUGAGGGUCACUUAGGAUUAAAUACAUGUCUUAGAAGAGCUAAAAAUGUUAUUUUUUGGCCUGGAUUGACAAGUCAAAUUAAAGAACUUUGCAACAACUGUCAAAUAUGUGCCUUGUUUAGAAAAAAUAAUACUAAAGAACCAAUUCAU